AUACUCUAACACAACCUUCAUGCUCAAACGUGUGACCCAAUAACUCUCUCUCUCUAGCUUCUUCUACUCUCGCUUCCAAGUCUCAAACAUUCUCCUCUCUCUCUCUAACUUCAAGCAAUAUUCAUAUUCAUUCUAGAGAUAGAGAUAGAAUAUAUUGAACAACACAUAAACCGCAUUGUUAGACCUAUCAAGCUUCAUCAAUCUUUCAAUGAGAACGUCGUCUUUUGGUAGGUAUAGCACCGGCGAUAUCGAAACCGACUCGCCGGAGAAUCUCAGAACUUCCUCACCGCCGGCUUCAGAAGGACACGCGCCGUCACAUGGUUACAGCUCUAUGUUGCCGGUUUUUCUCAACGACCUCCGUACCAACCACCACAAGGAACUAGUUGAGAUUACAUUGGAGCUCGAAGACGACGCCGUCGUCCUCUGCAACGUGGCGCCGGCUUCCUCCGGCGCCGGAACUUCCUCCUCGUCAAGUCACGCCACCGGAGAUGAAGGAACCUCCGCCUCCGGUGCCGGAGCCGUGGCGAGGAGUUUGUCCAAGAAUCUCUCGAUCACGUCGAGGAUUCGGAGGAAGUUUCCGUGGUUGCGGUCGAUGUCGAUGAGGACGUCGGCGUCGUCGACGGAGAGUGUGGAGGAUCCGGUGGAGAGUGCGAGGAAUGCGCGGAGAAUGCAGGCGAAGCUGGAGAGGACGAGAUCGAGUGCGCAGAGAGCUUUGAAAGGUUUGAGGUUUAUUAGUAAGUCCGGUGAAGCUGGUGAGGAGUUGUGGAGGAAGGUGGAGGAGAGGUUUGGGUCGCUGGCCAAGGAUGGGCUGCUGGCAAGAGAAGACUUUGGUGGAUGCAUUGGGAUGGAUGAUUCUAAGGAAUUUGCGGUGGGAGUAUUUGAUGCAUUAGCUCGAAGGAAAGGAAGAAAAGCGAGCAAGAUAACCAAAGAAGAGCUGCACCACUUCUGGCAACAAAUUUCUGACCAGAGCUUUGAUGCUCGCCUUCAGAUUUUCUUUGACAUGGCAGACAGUAAUGAAGAUGGAAGAAUUACCCGGGAGGAAGUACAAGAGCUCAUAAUGCUUAGUGCUUCCGCAAACAAGCUAUCGAAGCUAAAAGAACAAGCUGAAGGAUACGCUGCGUUAAUAAUGGAAGAAUUGGAUCCAGAAAAUCUAGGUUAUAUUGAGUUAUGGCAGCUAGAAAUGUUGUUAUUACAAAAGGAUAGAUACAUGAACUACAGCAGACAACUGAGCACCUCAAGUGUUAGCUGGAGUCAAAACAUGACUGGUCUAAAGCACAAAAAUGAGAUCCAAAGAUUGUGCAGAACACUCCAAUGUCUUGCAUUAGAAUAUUGGAGAAGGGGCUGGGUGUUGUUCCUGUGGUUAGUUACCACUGCUUCCCUUUUUGCCUGGAAAUUUUACCAGUAUAGAAACAGAACAUCUUUCCAAGUCAUGGGUUACUGCUUACCGGUAGCCAAAGGUGCCGCAGAGACACUGAAGCUCAACAUGGCUCUCAUCCUUCUACCAGUUUGUCGAAACACGUUGACAUGGCUUCGCUCCACCAGAGCGAGGAAAAUUGUCCCCUUUGAUGACAAUAUUAAUUUUCACAAGAUAAUUGCUUGUGCAAUAGUUGUUGGAGUCGUUGUUCAUGCAGGCAAUCACCUUGCAUGCGAUUUUCCACUUCUCAUAAAUUCAUCCCCAGAAGAGUUUUCACUUAUAGCUUCAGAUUUCAAUAACAAAAAGCCCACAUAUAAAACACUUCUUACCGGCGUUGAAGGCGUGACUGGAAUCUCAAUGGUUACUUUGAUGGCCAUCUCUUUUACUCUGGCAACUCACCACUUCCGGAGAAAUGCAGUCAGGCUUCCUCCUCCUCUCAACAGAUUGACGGGCUUUAAUGCAUUUUGGUACUCACACCACCUUCUUGGUGUUGUCUACAUUUUGUUGUUCAUCCAUGGAUCAUUCUUGAAUUUAACCCAUCGGUGGUACAAUAAAACAACAUGGAUGUAUAUCUCCGUUCCACUGUUGUUGUACAUAGCAGAGCGUACUCUGCGAACAAGUAGAUCAAAGCAUUAUGCAGUAAAAAUUCAGAAGGUUUCGGUGCUACCAGGAAAUGUCUUUAGCUUAAUCAUGUCAAAGCCUAAUGGAUUUAAGUACAAAAGUGGACAGUACAUAUUUUUGCAAUGCCCAAAAAUCUCUCCAUUUGAAUGGCAUCCAUUCUCCAUUACCUCAGCACCAGGAGAUGAGUACCUAAGUGUGCACAUCCGCACAGUAGGAGACUGGACGCAAGAACUUAAGCUACUUUUCACCGAAGAUGACAUACCUCCAGUAAAUUGUAAUGCAACAUUUGGUGAACUAGUCCAAAUGGAUCAAAGAGAGCAUCCGAGACUGUUUGUUGAUGGCCCUUACGGAGCUCCAGCACAAGAUUUCAAGAAUUUUGAUGUACUACUCCUCAUAGGAUUAGGAAUUGGAGCAACUCCUUUCAUUAGUAUUCUCAGAGAUCUUCUCAAUAACACGAGAGCAAGUGAUGAAUCAAUGGUGCAGGAUCAGUCAAACACAGAAACAACCAGAUCAGAUGAGAGCUGGAAUAGUUUUACAUCUUCAAAUUUGACGCCCGGAGGAAAUAAGAGAUCACAAAGGACAACAAAUGCUUACUUCUACUGGGUGACUAGGGAACCUGGAUCCUUUGAAUGGUUUAAAGGAGUGAUGGAUGAAGUUGCGGAAAUGGACCACAGAGGUCAAAUUGAACUUCACAAUUAUCUUACAAGUGUCUAUGAAGAGGGGGAUGCAAGAUCAACCCUGAUCACCAUGAUCCAAGCACUAAACCAUGCAAAACAUGGUGUUGACAUCCUCUCCGGCACUCGAGUGAGAACACACUUUGCUCGGCCUAAUUGGAGAGAAGUUUUCAUCAAGAUAGCCUCUAAACAUCCGUACUCUACAGUAGGGGUUUUCUAUUGUGGGAUGCCAGUGUUAGCGAAGGAGCUAAAAAAGCUGUCACUUGAGCUGAGCCACAAGACAACCACACGCUUUGACUUUCAUAAGGAGUACUUUUGAAGCUGGAAAUGAAAAACAAUUUUUUGCGUAUUCUUUUGUAAUUACCAAUUGAACAAUUCAAAGGGAAAUUAAGAAAUGUUCAGGUCUGAUAGGAAGGAAAAAACGUGUAAUUAUAUUAUUUGUUAAACGAAGAUAAUAUAGUGCAAAAUCAAAUGACAGAGAAAAGCAUACAUAGAUAUCAGUAUCAGGCAUAGGCCAUUUAAGCAUAUUUUACACCACGAAUUCUGUGUAAAAUAUCUAAGUAGUAUUCUCAAUGCCUCAUGCUUCUAACCUAGUUAUUUAUGAUUUGCUUCCCUGCAAACUUACAUACAUACAUGAUACAUCAAUACUAGUCUAUGAUGUUUCUUAGUGGAGAAGUGGGGGAUGUAUCAGGGGAACAAAUUGCGCACUGGCGUAAUAGAAAGACCUUGGUAUUCAUAUGUAAAGCAUAUAAUUGUUCUCAUUUCUGAUUGUUCCAUCUGUAGUAAUUGUAUAUUUAUUCUAUAAUUGUGUUGCUAUUAUUUGAUAAGAAACAUUGUGGUGUUAUUAAUUUUUAGUGAAUUCAUAAACACAUGCAGAACAUCAUAGACAUCAGAUUGCAUGCUAAGUGAAA